AUGCUAAGUGAUUAUGAGAUUGCAAGAAAGUUGCAAGAUGAAGAGUACAAUUACUGCAUGCCUCCUAAACGAAACUCAAAUGAAGAAGUAAAGCAGCCGAUAGAAGCUAAUAGUGUUCAUCUAGAAUUUAACCCUGCUCAGGUAAAUCAACAAGGUUUUAAUCAAUUUAUUGCUCCUCCUGCUACUUUUCCUCCUCAAGCUAAUAAGCAAGCUAUUGUUCAAGCUUCUGAUCCUCCUAACGACGAUGAAUCUAAAUUACAAAAAUUCAAUAAAAUUAUAAAAUUUGCGAAGUAUACUAAAUAUUUUUGCAUUAUUUACUGCAUAUUUGCUUUUGCGUACGCUGCGACUUGUGUUUAUGGAUUGAUGGCAUUCUGAAUUUUAGUCUUUUUGGGAUACUGGGCACAAUGAUAUUUACAAAUAGUUCUGCUAGUUUUAUAUAUGAUUAUCCUUGUAAUAGGUACAAUUCUAAAAAUCGUUUUGUUAGCUAUUGUCACGAAUAAUAUUGCUUUUAUAGUUAUAGUUGUCGUCGAUGUUAUACUCACUGUCCUUUAUUUGGUUUUUCUUUAUAAAUUUUUCAAGCUUCUGCCAAACAUAGACGAAAGCGAGCGAAAAGAGAUUUUGGCAAUAAUGCAUCCUGAGAAGCCUGAAGAAAAUAAAAACUCAUAA